AUGAAUGGUCAUAUAUGGAAACAAUGUUCAAAUGAAGUGUCAAACAACAAUGAUAUGAUAGCUUGCAGUACAAAUGACGUAGAAAGUAAUCGACUAAAAGGUUACGAAAAUGACAUACGUAAGAGACGUGAACUUUACCAGCAUCGAGCAAAGGAAGAAGCAUUUUUAAGAGACUCAUUGAGAGGGUCAAGAAAAUUACAGUUGCUAGAGAAUCACAGCAGUUUUAGCGAUCGAAAAUUAUCUACAGGAUACAAAAAUGGUACCUUGUUUGGUGAUACGAAAAUAAAAACAGGUUAUUGCAAUAUUGGUUAUGAAACCGGCAAUACUUCUGGUGAUCAGUUUGAAAAUCAGAAGUGUGAAUCAAUCCCUCUGGAACAGGUAAUAUUAUCAGUGAAUCGCGUUGCUAGACAUUUAGACAAACGUGAAGGACGUGAGGAAGAUUCAAAACUACUCCGUGAUUUCUUCAUGCAGAAGCCUGUACAAACGGCGAUCGAAAUUAGCAAUAUUAGAAGCACUAAUAAAAUCUUAAGCAGCUCUAAUUUUUUACCGUAUUAUCAUGAGACUAUAGAAUCUCAGCCUACCUCAUCUGCAGACUUAUCGAAUACUGAAAAUGAUGCUCAGAAUAUUAUAGCAUGUACACGAAUGCAGGGUGAUCUGAAGAUCGUCAAAGUUACUAAAUCUAGUAACUCAUAUCUUGGUGCAACGGUUCGCAAUGAAGGUGAAAAGGUAAUUGUUGGACGUGUAAUACGAGGUGGCAUGGCGGAAAGAUCAAAUUUAUUAGUUGAAGGUGAUGAAUUGAUUGAAGCUAACGGAAAUGACUUGCGUGGAAAGAAUAUAAUGGAAGUUUGCGAUAUUUUGAGAUCUAUAUCAGGUGAGCUAUCACUUGUGGUAGUACCUUCAAGCAAAGCUAAAAGUUCCGAUCAGAUAGCUUUUGCAAAUCAAGUUCGACACUUUCGAGCACUAUUCGAUUACGAUCCUGAAGUAAAAUUUAUUUCUUAA